CUCCCAACAAACUUUUUCUCCUCUUAGCAAGGGUGCCAGUGGGCCAUGCCCACAGACCUCCCUUUCUUCCUCUUCCCAUCUCCUCAGGACCCAAGGAUGAAUGGAGAGGACAAGGAAACCUUCUUUGCACAAACAGCUAGGUCAGAGGAGAGAAAACCAAGGGACACAGCUACCACCUGAUGUGACCUCUUCACGAUGCUCAGAGUUACAGCCUCUCUUAUGCUUCCCCAGAUGAGUAUUUCAUGUCUUCUGUUUCUCCGUCUUCUAAUAUCACCUUCCCCACCAUCACUAUCAGCUGAUGACCUGAUGUGUUCCUGACCAAGGACAAUCCCUCCACCAGUAAUCUGCAGCGUCACCCUGUGCAAAGAAAGGAACUAAGCUGCGCUCCCCAGGCAUCAUGGGCCGUCUGCUGGCCUCCGAAGUACAGCAGCUGCUCCAUAACAAAUUUGUGGUCAUCCUGGGGGACUCCGUGCAGAGGGCCGUGUACAAAGACCUGGUGCUCCUGCUGCAGAAGGACUGCUUGCUCACUCCCAGCCAACUCAAGGCCAAGGGCGAACUGACCUUCGAACAGGACAAGCUGGUGAAAGGAGGUCAGCUGGGCCCCUUGCACAAUGGCACCAACUACCGCGAGGUCCGCCAGUUCAGCUCAGAUCACCAUCUAGUGCGCUUUUACUUCCUCACGCGCGUUUACUCCAAGUACCUGGAGGCCAUCUUGGAGGAACUCCAUUCCGGUGAGCAUGCCCCGGACCUGAUCAUCAUGAACUCCUGCCUCUGGGACGUCUCCAGGUAUGGUCCGCACUCCUGGAACAGCUAUCUGCAGAACCUGGAGAACCUGUUUGGGCGAUUGGGCGAAGUUCUGCCUGAGUCUUGCCUCCUGGUGUGGAACACGGCCAUGCCUGUAGGUAAGAAAAUUACUGCACGUUUUCUCCCACGCAAGCCCCUGCCCUGGGCCAUCCCUCUGCGAAGGAUCGUGGUGCAUGCCAACUUCUACAGCUCCAUCAAGGCAAGUAAACAUGGCUUCGAUGUGCUAGACUUGCAUUUCCACUUUCGUCAUGCUUGGAAUUGCCUGCAGUCAGAUGGGGUGCACUGGAAUGAGCACGCACACCGCCAGCUCUCCUACCUGCUGCUGACCCACGUGGCUGAGGCCUGGGGUGUGGAGCUACCCUGCCGCCCACCCGCACCCAUAGGUGAGCUGAUCCAGGACGCCCCUGAGUGGGAACACCGUGGCCAGGCAGCUGGGAGGCAGCCCCAGGCCAACCGAGAUCAAUUGGACUUAUCCCUGUCCCCGCCCCUGCCUUCUCCCAGGCGUCGCCCCCUGCUGGAGACCCCACGGCCCCGCUUGCGCCCCUUGCUGCCCCCUCCCGUUCCCCCACAUCACAGGUCACCCCCGUCCCCGCACUAUCCCCAAGAUUGCUACUUUUCCUCCGACCAUGUUUUCCAGUCGGAUCAAUUCUAUUUCCAAUCAGAUGUCCCCUCAUCUACCCAGCCAGGAUUUGCCUUCGAAGCUGACUUUAAUUUUUGUUCCCCUCCACCUAUGGCCAGCUUCUCACCCUGUUAUCAGCAGCGGGCCCCAGUGGUGUACAGGGGUUUUUCCCGUUACCUAGUUCAAGGCCCCUAUAUGCCCUGGAGAGGGCGGCACAGACGAUCAAAAAGAGGGGCCUCAGCCCCCCCAGAGUCAAGGCGCCAGUAGGUCCACCUGAGGGCCUUCAUUCUCCUGCAGGCUAAUGGCGUGGAUUGUUUUGACCCUUCCGUUAUGUUGGCACAGGCCGCAAUACACUGACCUUAAGCCUUAAUAGUUAGUCCAUGUUUGGGCACCGUUGUGCUCAUAGCUAUUACAGAUUACAGGACGGAGACCCGUCUGACCCAUAUUUGUUUCUUACCUUGUCUUCUGCAUGGGGUAGGGCAGGAGGGACCAAGCAUUAUUCCUAUCUCCCCAUCCCCUAUUGCCAUUUCUUUUUUGUAAAAAAUAAAAUUGGUACACAGAAAUUGUUUCACAAAA